CGAACCAUUCAUAAAACUCUCGGAGGAAACCUUUGCUUACAGUUACAGAGAGAGUGGAAGAAGAGAGAGGCGCGUCACACUGCCGGUGCUCUGACGUCACCUCGCCGGAAUAUUCCAUCUGCUGACCUCAGGUGCUAAAUUGAUAAUUUGAAAUGCCGUACCUGGUGCGUGAGCAUUUAUUUAUUGGCAACAUCGGAGAUGCAGCGGAGAUUCUCCAGAAUGGAAGUCACGACAUCACGCAUAUACUAUCUGUUCUCAGUUCAGCAUCCAUUUCUUUCUUCUCUGAGUGGCGUAGUGGGCUUUCAAUUCCUAGCAAAGAAAUUCGGAAGGUGUAUGCUGGGGACUCAGGAUCUGAGGAUGCUUCAGGCAACGGGUCAAAUAGUCCAUUGUCCCCAGAUAAGCUCCUAUACUCACUGGAGUAUGCAGGUAAGGAUUUGAAGUUUGUGAGGAUGGCUGUGCCUUUGAGAGAUAUGGAGAAUGAAGACUUGCUGGAUUAUUUGGAUGUAUGUUUGGAUUUUAUUGAAGAUAGUAGGAAACAGGGAUCUGUUUUAGUUCACUGCUUUGCCGGUGUAUCAAGGAGUGCGGCAAUUGUUGCAGCAUACCUGAUGAAAAGUGAACAACUAUCACAAGAAGAUGCUAUUGAAUCUUUGCGCAAGAGUUGUGAAACCGUGUGCCCCAAUGAUGGUUUCCUGGAGCAGCUGAAAAUGUUUGAACAAAUGGGUUUUAAAGUUGAUCGUGCAAGCCCCAUAUACAAGCGUUUCCGCUUAAAAGUACUAGGUGAUUCGUAUAAUCGUGGGGGAAAGAUAGAUGGUUCUAAAUUUGGUGCUGAUCCUGGCUUGCCAGCUGAAAAAAAUUCCACUAACAUUGAAGCAUCACCUUCUCCUGCAUACCGGUGCAAGAAAUGCCGUAGACUUGUCGCGUUGCAGGAAAAUGUGUUGGAUCAUGUUCCAGGAGAGGGUGAGACAUGCUUCGAGUGGUAUAAAAGGAGGAGUGGAAAUCCUUUAAAUAGAUCCAGUGAGAGCGAGUGUUCAUCUAUCUUUGUUGAACCUCUUCGUUGGAUGACAACAGUUGAGGAAGGUGCUCUGGAGGGUAAGCUGUCCUGUGCCCACUGUGAAGCCCGGUUAGGUUACUUCAACUGGUCUGGGAUUCAGUGCAGUUGUGGGAGUUGGAUUACCCCAGCCUUCCAGCUUCACAAAAGCCGAGUGGACAUCAGUACUGUCUAAAGUUCAGUGCAGCAGCGAGCUGUAACCCCUACACUAUAUCUUGGCUUCUCUGUGAUUCCGCUUCUCGAUGACCUACAUAUCAAUGUAGCCAGGCCACACCGUCUGGGGUACUUAAUGAUACAAGAGUAUACCAUUGUUUGAAAUUGGAUAUUUGGAUAUCCUGCUAAUUUUUCAGCUCUUUUGCCCCAAUUCAAAGACCUACUGAAAAUGAGUUAAAACGGCAUGUACUAUUAGAAUAACUACUUCUACUGGUGUUACUCUUGCAAUGAAGUGGUUCACGUACCCACUGUUUGUGAAGAAAUGUGAAGCGGUAUGAGUUCUCGGUGUAACAAAUUUGUGUUUCAUGGUGGUUUACUCUUGUAAUUGAGUCAUUUUACUAUAUAACUUUGAUGUGUGAA